AAACACCGUGAAGGCCCAAGUGCGAGUGAAGAAAGCCUCAAAAACUUGCUGACUCGGAAAAAGAAGGUGCCGCUUCAUGAAAAAAGAAGAGGGAAACGAAAAAACUUCCUGUCAUAUCUUGGAAACUCCUGCUCAGACUGCUGCUCAGACUCCAUUUCUCGAAUCAGGGAAGGUCGGUUCUCUCGAAUCAUGGAAGAAGUUGGGUUCUCUCAAACUGCUGCUCAGACUCCAUUUCUCGCCGCACAGGUACAAUUUAACAUGGAUUCAGGGUCUAAUCCAUUCCCAAGCUCCCAACAUCCUAACCAUGCUAACCUGUCAAGCCAAAUUCCAAAUCUGUUUACUCCCAUAAGCCAUCAGUUUCAGCCCCCAUAUCAGCUCAAUCCAUUAAAUGGUUCUUAUCCUCCUUAUAAUAAUCUACCUUACGGAUCUCACUUCUCAUUCCAAAAUCUCUUAAAUACUCCCAUUAUUUCAAGUGAACGUAAUGAAACACACAACUCACGCGGGGGAUGGAAAAGGAACCCCAAAGGUGUCCAUGAUAGUUCCAAUACUUCUCAACCUUUCACUUCUAAAAGAGAUUAUUGGAGUUCAGAAGAAGAUGUUGCACUAACAAAAGCAUGGCUACGUAUUUCUAUGGAUCCUGAUGUUGGUAACAAUCAGAAACUGACAGCUAUGUGGGAGCGAAUCUUACAAGUUUGGAGGGACACCAUGGGAGAUAAAUUCACCAAUGCCAGAAAAAGUAACAGCAUCCAAUGCCGAUGGACAAAAAUACAGAAAGCAGUCAAUAAAUUCCACGGAAUUUAUGAAAAACUUGAAAGGCAUCCUCAAAGUGGAUCAAACCCAGAAGAUUUAAAAACAAAGGCGUUGAGAAUGUAUGAAAGGCUUUCAAGUGGUAAUAAGAAAAAGGAAUUCAAGUAUGUGCAUUGCUGGGAACUUCUUAUCAGGAAUGCAAAAUGGUGCACAAAUCAGCUUACAAAGUCAUCUACAUAUGAUAAAGAUUGUUUAGUCAAUGGUAACACAGUGGUAACAGAUAAGAACACAUCUAAUGUAGGCAAUUGUUCUGUGGAGCCUGAAAAAGUUACAUGUGAUGAAAUUGUGCGCCCACAGGGAAGGAAGAGUUGUAAAGAAAGAAAGCGUAAGUUGAAUUCAGAAAAUGGAGUGAUAGAAGUGUUGAGUAAAUUACAGUGUACCUUAGACAAGCAAGUCGAAUUUAAUGUGGCAGAGAUGGAGUUGAAGAAGGAACUAAUGAAGAAGGAGAUAGAACUAAAAGAGCACAAUAAAAAAAUGAAGAUGAAGGAUCAGGAAAUGAGAGAGCGAGCCCAAAAAAGAUUAGAACAAGAACGCGUUAUGAAUCUUGAUUUGAGUAAGCUAUCCCCUACAGCCCGAGCUACAUAUGAAAUAUUACAAGCUCAAAUAUCAAAGGAGUGGGAAAGUGACAGCUUUUAAACCUGAAUACAUUAGAGAUACAUUAAUGCAUUUUAGUUUAAAACAUGUCAGUGUCAUUUGAUAUCAAAGACUUUAUUCUUCCUUUAUAGCAUUAGUUAUUUAGAUAGUUUAAUUAUAUAUUUCCUAAGAAUAUAUGAACCUUGUUUGUUUAUUAAUGACAUUAUUCAUUUUUUCCCUAUAACAUGUAUGUUUAUUUUUGUCCAUCUCUAAUCCUGAGCUAUCAGGGAAAUGAUAAGUGAAAGGAAGUGCUUACUUUUCUUAGUUGGAAAUC